AUGCACGCUCUGCACAAGUUCUUGCUUUUUCAUGUUCUGACAUGUUUCGGAGGAAACGCGCUUAGGAGUGAAAUCAUAAAUGGUAAAAAGACCAAGCUGAAGUCGAUGCAGUAUAUGGCCUCGGUGCAGAACAAGCAUGGCUACCAUAUAUGUGGAGGAUUCCUCAUCAGUGAAGACUUUGUACUCACUGCUGCGCACUGUAAAGAUAUGAAUCCUACAAGUGUUGUUCUUGGAACCCACAGUCUGAGGAGGGUUGAUGAUAAAACAAUGAGAUACGGUGUGAAGAUGUGCAAACACCCAUCUUAUGUGAAACCUGUGUUUGGGAAUGACAUCAUGCUUCUCAAACUGUCUAGGAAAGUUCCCCUGGGCAAAAAAUCACUAAUUAAGACAAUUCAACUUCCAAGCCGCAAAAUUCACCUUAAAGAAAACAAAACAUGUGUUGUAGCUGGAUGGGGUUUCACAAGAACUGGUGGUGGAAAUGUUAAUGACCUGCAAGAGGUGAAUGUUCCUAUCAUUAACCUGGAAAAGUGUCAGAAGAAAUGGGGUAUUGACCUUCCUGCCAAUGUUAUCUGUGCAGGGGGAUAUGGCACAAAGAAAGGAUUCUGUCAGGGCGAUUCUGGUGGCCCUCUGGUGUGCGGGAAGGUGGCAGUUGGUGUUGUUUCCUUUAACAACAAGAAUAACUGUGACUACCCAGAAUACCCCAACAUCUAUACAGACAUAUCAGCAUGUCUUGCCUGGAUAAUUGACACCCUCAAUAAAAAGAACUCACUUGGGAGUGAAAUCAUAAAUGGUAAAAAUGCCCCAGAGGCAUUAAUGCUGUAUAUGGCCUCGGUGCAGAACAACAUGGGUGAUCAUAUAUGUGGAGGAUUCCUCAUCAGUGAAGACUUUGUACUCACUGCUGCGCACUGCAUCCGCUCGAAUCCCACAAGUGUUGUCCUUGGCACCCACAAUCUCAAGAAGGUUGAUAAUAGAACAAUGAGAUACAAUGUGAAGACAUGCAAGCAUCCAUCUUUUGAAAAUGUAGGACUAGGUAACGACAUCAUGCUCCUCAAAUUGUCCAAGAAAGCUCGACUGAACAAGAGAGUAAAACCGAUUCGACUUCCAAAGACUGCGAUUAAAAUAAAAGAUAACGCAAAGUGCCGUGUGACUGGAUGGGGUUUCACAAGAACUGGAGGUGAAGUUACUAAGGAGCUACAAGUGGUGGAUGUGCCUUUUGUCAACCUGACGGUCUGUAAGAGAAAAUGGAAUAGUUUAAAUGAACUUCCUGACAAUGUGAUCUGUGCUGGUGGGUAUGGCACAAAGAAUGGAUUCUGUAAGGGUGAUUCUGGUGGUCCUCUGGUGUGCGGCGGGGAGGCUGUUGGUAUUGUGUCUUUCAACAUGAGGAGCGACUGCGAUUACCCAAAUGGUGAUUCUGGUGGUCCUCUGGUGUGCCGCGGGGUGGCUGUUGGUGUUGUGUCUUACAACAAAUAUGCCAACUGUAACUACCCAGACGCUCCCAACGUCUAUGUGGAUAUCUCAAAGUUCCUUCCCUGGAUCAACAAGACCAUGGCCAUCAUCUUCAUACUCCUGCUGCUCUUUGUUCCGAAUGGAGCUGAUGGAUCUCGUAUUGUUGGAGGCAGAGAGGCUGCCCCCCACUCUCGCCCCUACAUGGCCGCGUUGCAAGUCCGAGGUCGCCUGAACUGUGGGGGAACCCUAGUGAGAGAGGACUUUGUGCUCACAGCAGCACAUUGUCAGAUACCUACACCCUACACAGUUGUACUUGGAGCUGAUUCCCUGUCCGGUAAUGAAUCUACAAAGCAGGAGUUCACCACUGUCAGAUCCAUUCCACAUCCCAGCUAUGAUGGACAUGCAAAUGAUAUCAUGCUCCUAAAGCUCAACCGAAGGGCCCAACUGACUGAAGCGGUGCAGCUGAUCCCUCUGAAAAGGGGCAGGGUGAGCACAUCCAGUAAGUGCAUCACGGCUGGCUGGGGGGAUGUCGGGGAUAACAACACCUUGCCAAACAGGCUUCAGGAGGUCAAUGUAACCACCCUGACGCAGCAGACCUGUCGUAGAAGAUGGAGUGGUGUUCCCAUCACCAGGACAAUGGUUUGUGGUGUUGGGGGUGACGUCUUUCAAGGCUUCUGCUCGGGGGAUUCAGGUGGUCCAUUGGUGUGUGAUGGAGCUGCAGCAGGUGUCGUCUCCUUCUCUGGCCGGCGAUGUGGAGACCCCAGGACGCCUGAUGUCUACACGCGCAUAACAUCCUUUAGGGACUGGAUUACAAGUGUGAUAAACAGCAAUUAGGCUAAUUAGAUUGAAUGGUAAUGUGUCACUAUGCUUAAUUGGUAUGCACUUUGAAGACAAGGCCCUGAAUGGAACGUGGUGUUAUGUUGUUUAAUAUCUGUUUAACAAUGCAGCGCUGUGGUUGUUGAGAUAAACAUAAACCUUUACUGAUCCCCAGCGGGGAAAUUUGGUUGUUGCAGAAGCACAAUGACAGAAAUAAAUGCAUGAAGUAUAGAAAGUAAGAUAAGUAAAUAUAUAUAUAUAUAUAUAUAUAAAUCUAGACCGAAAUAUAAGAUGUAUAAAUGUUAGAUGAGUUGAUAACUGAAGUUUUUGUAACCUUUUGUUUUUGUUACAUUGCAUGCAUUCGAUAUAUGGGUCAGGCAAAGCUACUUUCAUUAAUUUAAUUUCAUUCUAAAGUGUCAAAUAUGCUGAGCUGAAGAUCAAUUCCCAUUUAUUCAUUUUAUUGUAGUGAACAUACUCUAUGUAUCAAACAAUGACACCACCUUGAUGAUGAAUAAAACCAUUAUUUC